AUGGACAUCGGUCUCCGGCGUCUUUUUUCUUGGGUCUUCGUCGUUGCUGACAUCCCUUCUGCCAUUAUCGGUGCAGAUUUUCUCGCCGCUUUCGAUAUUCUGGUCGACUGCCGUCAUUUCCGUUUACGCGACAAGACCACCAGCCUCAUCGUCCGGGGUAUCUCCUCCUCCGACACUCCCCGUCAGCUCGCCGUCUUGGACCCUGAACCCGAGAAUCCAUUUCGGCAGCUCCUUGACAAAUACCGCAGACUCACUCGUUCCAACUUCGGCGCUUCUCUUCCACCACAAGACGUUGUUCACCACAUCCGGGCCACUGUCCCUCCAGUGUUUUCUCGAUCCGGCCGUCUCGCGCCGUCACGACUGUCUGCCGCCAAGGUUGAGUUCGAGCACGUGCUUCAGAUGGGCAUCAUCCGUCAGUCUGAAAACCCAUGGGCGUCGCCCCUCCACAUGGUCCAAAAGGCCGCCACUGGUGACUGGCGCCCCUGCGGUGAUUACAGGGUCCUGAGCAACGUUACUGUCCUGUCUCACCUCUUCAGGAUUUUGCCGGUGCCCUAUUCGGCAAUUCGGUGUUCUCGAAGACUGACUUGGCCCGUGAUACUCACCAAAUCUUAUCGCCCCAGAGGACGUUUCGAAGAUGGCCGUCACCAUCCCCUUUGGCCUCUUUGAGUUCCCACGCAUGUCGUUUGGCCUCCGCAACGCCUCCCAGACCUUUCAGAGGUUCGUAGACAGAGUGCUUCGUUGCCUAUCAUUUGUCUACGUCUAUAUCGACGAGCUGUUUAUAGACAGCCCCACCGCCAAGGAACACGUGGGGGCAUCUUGCAAUGGUGUUCGACUGCCUUCAACAAGUUGAUGUUGUUCUCAGUUUAUUUUCAGUUUAUUUGGUAAGGAUAAUAGGCAAGGCCUUUGAAAACCUUACUGAUUACAUGUCAGCGCGUUAGAUACAACUGUUCACGAACAAUGAAAAUGUUCGCUGUUAAAAUAGUACUUGGUUCAUUUGAGUAGCAUUGUUUCAGAAAAAUAAUUUCUGGUGCAGCGGGUAUUUAGCUCAGGCAAAGACUGUCGUGGGAAAACCGGGGACACAAAUAAUCAUCCAAGUGUUUCUUGAAGAGUUGCAGGGACGUCGUCUCCACGACUGACUGAGGAAGAUCGUUCCAGUUCCCCACUACCCUUUGCGUGAAAACUUCAGAGCGAAGAUUCAGCCUGGACAUUUUGUCCGUAGGUUUAUCGAGUGACCACGAAGACUGGGUGAAAGGUGCCACUGAAACAUGUCCUCAAAGGCAAGUCCAUGCUCAAGGCCAUGUAUUAUCAUGUAGACGAGGAUAAGAUUGCCUCUUUGCUGCCUGUAACACAGAGGGAAUAAAUUAAGGCAAUUCGGUCUCUCUAUGUAGGAUUGGUUUUUUAAACCGUUCACCAGCUUUGUUGCACGCCGUUGUACGCUUUCAAGGCAUGUUUAGUCCUUUACAAGGCAUGGCCGCCACGCUCGUAUGCCAUAUUCUAAAUGGGGUCGAACAAAAGUGUCGUAAACUCUUCCAAAAAGGUGUUUGUCAAGGUUACGAACUUCCAUUUGAUGGCAUGCAGCACUCCCAUCGCGUUUUUUGCCGUCUUGUUGCAUUGCAGUGCUGGUAUCAUGUCGCCCUGUAGCCAAACACCGAGAUCCUAUCGUGAAGAUUCUGCAGGAAUUCUAAUGUCUUUCAGGUGAUAUGCCCUCAGACUCUCAGAUGAAUGACAAUUGGCUGGAGGCAGAUGAAGGACGGCACACUUCUGCUCACUGAAACCCGGAAGCCAUUUCUUGGACCACGCUUACAGUCGGUGAAGACUGUUUUGAAGGGCUCUCUGGUCAUUUGGACUGUUGAUGACUUGCCAGAGCUUAAAAUCAUCGGCAUACAUUAUUUUACCGAAAUCGAGUUCCUGAAGGCUGUCAUUAACAACAAGGAUGAAGAACGAUGGUCCCAGAACUGAGCCCUGAGGCACACCACUAGUCACGUUCAUCCAGUCUGACAUAUCAUCUCCGAUACAGACACGUUGUUUUCGACCAAACAGAAACGCCCUUAUCCAGUUCAGAAGAUCUCCUCGGAUGCCAAUGACGCUCAAUUUGUGAAGAAGGCGUUGGUGCGGGACAGUGUCAAAUGCUUUGCGGAAAUCGAUGCUCACGACAUCGACCUCAAAACCCUCUUCUAAAGCCCUGGUCCAGAUCUCCAUGCAAGCUAGCAGAUUUGAGAGGCAGGAACGUACUCUCCGGAAGCCAUGUUGAAAAUCCUGCAAGGUGUUAUUUUCUUCACAAAAUUACUGUAUGUCACUCUUUACUAGAGCUUCCACCGUUGUGCAUGAGAAGCAAAUUAAGCUAUUAGGCCUGAAGCUGCUUGCUGCCAUCCUGCUACCUCCCUUAUGUAAGGGAACGAGGUUAGCUCUCUUACACUGUGAGGGCAGCCUUUCUGUUCUCAUUGACAGCUCAAAGAGAGUCGAAAUAGGCUUUGACAGCUCCGUUGAUAGCUCCUUCAGUAUCAGCCCAGGAGUCCCGUUGGGUCCAGGAGACUUAUCUGGUUUUAUAUGACUGAGGACACGUCUCACUUCUUCGAUGGAAAAGACAACGGUUUCAAUGACGGCAGUAUCUUGGUGCAUUUGAAGCUCCCGGCUGUCUUGGCCCAUUUCAAACUCCUGAUUGCCUUCAGAGGACUCAUCCGUAAAAACCGAUUGAAAAAACUGAGAUAGUAAUUGCACUUUCUGUGGCCCUUCAAAUAAAAAGUUUCCAAGCGCGUGUUUGAUGUUCCAUCCCUAGAAUUUCUCAGACAUAUGUUUGACUCCAAAGGCAUCCGCCCUCUUCUAUCGAAGGUUGCGGCUAUACGCGAUUUUCCACCUCCCUCUUCUAAACGUCAAAUGCACCGAUCUCAGGGCAUGGUGAAUUUCUACCGUCGGUUCCUGCUGCACUGUACCGGCACCAUCCCGCCGCUCAUGAACCUCCUCUCGGGUCCCAAAGGUUCGCUCAAGCUGUCUGCGGACACCAUCGCUGCUUUUGACAGGGUGAAGGCUGCCCUGGCCGACGCUACCCUCUUGACGCAUUUUUCUCCCGAUGCCCCCAUCUCCCUCAUGGUUGACGCUCCUAAUGUUUCAGUCGGCGCGGUUCUACAACAGCACCUUGCAGGUCACACCCAACCCCUAGCUUUCUUCUCCAGGAAGUUAUCACCUGCCGAGACGCGCAACAGCACAUUUGGACGGGAACUCCUCUCUGUCUUCCUUGCCGCAAAACGCUUCGAGAGUUUCCUGGAGGACAAGGACUUAGCUGUGUUCACCUAUCCCAAACCUCUUUAG